AAAAAAUGAAUUUGUUUCUUCAAAUCUUACUACUCCUUCGUUGUGUAGCUGCAAUUGGGCCUGCUGAAACUGUUUUAGGAGUAACUGCUGCUAAUCUAGUUCAAGAAGUUACAUCAUCUAAAUACUUCACUGAGCUGAUCAUCAAGAGCAGAACUGAGGAGCCUGAGGAAUGUUCCCAGCGUGUAAAACUAAGCCGAGAGCGUGCACGAAUAAACGGAGUUGAACAAGGGGUGCAACCUACAGUCACCCUAGGGGCCGCACUUCUCAUAUUUGCACUGGUUGGAAUAUUUGCUGCGGGCAUUGCACAAGCAUUUCAAAUGGUUCGAAAGCAUGUUUUCCAUGAUGCGGAUAACCUUGACACUGCGUUUGAUGCAGGGGGCAAAGUAUCGAUAGGCUUGACUGCUACAACAAUUGUAUCGCAAUGGACUUGGUCUGCUACAUUGCUACAGUCCUCUACAGUAGCUAGCAAGUAUGGUAUAUCUGGACCCUACUGGUAUGCUGGUGGAGCAACUAUUCAGAUCAUUAUCUUCUCUAUUCUAUCCAUUAUGCUGAAAACAAGAGCCCCUGGAGCUAAAACUUUCCUUCAGGUAAUCAAGGCCAGAUUCGGAAAGAGGACCCAUCUUGUGUUCUGCACCUUUGCAUUCUUUACCAAUCUUAUUGUGAUGAUGUCUUUAACUAUUGCAGGAACGGCUGUACUUAACAGUCUUGUUGACGGCCUGUCCCCAGAAGCAGCAGCAAUGUUACUUGCUGCUGUUAUUGGAGGAUACACCCUGAUUGGUGGCCUUGGGGCCACCUUCUACGUCUCCUAUUUCAACACGAUGCUCAUCUUCAUCUUGAUCAUCAUGCUUGUUACAGAGGUUUUCUAUAAUCCUUUUGGUAAUCCUGAGAACCCAUUUGGAUCUGCUGAAGCAGUUUAUGAUUUCAUCUCCUGCUGGAAAUCUGAAGAGGGAGAGGCAGGAAAUCAAGACGGAUCAUAUUUAACCUUUUACAGCUCAGGUGGACUAAUCUUUGGAAUAGUGAAUAUUGUGGGAAACUUUGGAACUGUAUUCUGUGACCAGGCAUACUGGCAGUCAUCUGUAGCUGCUAAGCCCCUUCAGGGAGUUUGGGGAUUCAUAUUUGGAGGAUUAACCUGGUUUGCAAUCCCCUUUACUCUAGCCACAACUAUGGGUUUGGCAUAUCUUGGACUAUCAUCCGCCCAAGGGUUUCCGAUGCUAUCUGACGAAGAUGUCACUAAAGGUCUUGCUGCACCCCUUGUUGCACAGAAACUGCUGGGAGCCACUGGAGAAUAUGCGAUGUUGUUUCUUAUCUUGAUGGCGGUAAUGUCUACUGGAUCAGCAGAAGUGAUUGCUGUCUCUUCAAUCAUAAUCUACGACGUUUAUCAAACUUAUCUUUGCCCCUUCAGACCAACCUUAAAGGAUGGACAAUGCAUCUUAUGCCAGAAGUUCCUACGUGGAAAGGCAACUGGUUCAGAUCUCUGUGAUUGCCCAAGCUGCUAUAGUUGCUAUGCGUGUAAGGAAGAUAUUGACAGAAGAAGGAAAUGUAAAUCUAUCGUCAAGCCACACUACACAUGCCCUGUACAUGCAGAGUACAAGGAGUACCAGGAGCAACUACUGAACUAUAAGAAUUGGUGUAUCAUCUUUACAACCUUCCUGUCAAUCCCACUCUGCCUGUUCUGUUGGGGAGUCAACCUAAACCUGGCUUGGUCAUUCUACUUCACAGGUAUCCUAAUCUCUAGCUCUGUUGUUCCUAUUGCUUUGUCUAUCCUGUGGGCUCGCGCUACCGCAACUGGCUUGAUAUCUGGGGUGGUGGGUGGGUGUCUAUGCGGGCUGGGUUGCUGGCUAUACUACGCUAGCACAUUCCCUGGAGGACUGUCAGCUGCUACCUUUGUUGAAAACACUGGAAGGGAAAUUCCAAUGUUGUUGGGUAACUUGGUCUCAAUCAGUGGAGGGGCUGUCUUCAGUAUUGUUGUCACAUUUUGUACCAGGUGGCACAUGACUAAGGAGGAUGAAGAAGCAGAAUGGGAAAAAACAAGAGACAUCGAUAACCCUCUUCAUCCAUGGAUCCAGGUGUACAAGGGAGAAUUGAAUCUUGAAGAUGGAGAGAAUUUCCAUGACCGACCUCCAUUAGAGCUUGUCAUCAAGAAGUUUAGAGCAGCCAAACUUACUUCCAUUUUCGCAGCUAUUGCCUUCACCCUCAUAUUUGUUGUUCUGUGGCCUGGAUCCAUGCUCAGUUUUGAUAUAAUGGGAUUCUCUGGGUUCAAUACUUGGACAAUCAUUAGUCGAGGUUGGGCCAUGGUUGCUGCAGUUUUUAUCAUUGUUCUUCCCUUGUUCCAGGAGGUGAGGGCAGUACAGCGACAAUUAAAGAAGAACAAAGAAGAAAACGAACAAGGAACAUCGUCAUCUAUCCCUUUAACUGCCAUUCCUUCAUCACCCUCUCACACAACAACAAAUGGAACAAUCAACAACAACAACAACAACAGCAGCAGAAUUGUUAGAAGUAAUACAGACUCAAGCCAGAAUAAACAAGUAUAUCUGCUGAAGGGUGUAUCUCGAGCAGUAGAUUGUGUACUACAAAGAAUCGGUAAAAAAUGAGAAGAUGAAAGAAGAAGAAAAAAGGAACGUGAUAGAACAUUUACUUUAAAAGGGGCAGAGGUUAAAGACUGUAGAAUUUAGAAAUAAACUCUGUUAUUUAAAAUCAUCUAUUUAUUCUCAGUUUCAUAUCUGGAACAAACUUAUUUUAUAAAAGUGAAUUUUGGCAAAUUAUUUAGCAUACUAUUUCUUAGUAAUGUUGUCUGAUCAAAACUUUACACAUUUUGAUCUUGUAUUUUUUACUCAGUAAAAUUGUGAAAAAUUGUAAUAUAGCAUUUGUUACGUUUGAAAUAAAUUCCUGUACUUGUUUGUAA